ACAGCAGCAGCAAGAGAAAUUACAGUCAAGGAAUGCAAUCAAAAGUGAAACAAUCACUCAAGACUUUGUUACUAUUUACGAAACACCAGAAAAGAUUCAGCUGGUGAGAAGAAGUGGAACACCAGAAAGUCGAAGUAGGCAAGAAUUAAUAGAAGAAGGAGACGACGACGAGGAUGAUAGAUACAGAAGUAUGUCAAGACCAUUCACAACAACACCCACAACAACAACAACAGCUGAGAUAUUAGGAGGAGGAGGAGAAAAGUUCAAACUGACAAAUAUUCAAGAGAAAGAUACUCCCCCUCCUUCUCCUCCACAGUCUGCUGCUACUCUGAGUCAUAUUCAUUCAGAUAAUGAUGAAGGCAUGUUACAAGUGUCCAUGGAUAUAGAUAUACAAGCAAACUACAAACUAGUUAAUUCAACCAGUGAACUACACGACAAGGAGGAACCGAUUACAAAUUUGAAUCUACAUUUACCAACAACAACAACACAGGAGAAUAUUUUAACUCUGCACGAAAUUAUCACCUCACCAGCAAAACAGCAUACAUCUACGCCGGCCAAUAAUAAAAUUAAUGCAUCGGAUAAAGCAUCACCUCUACUCACAACAACUGCAAUAACUUCACUGACACCAGAAGCAACAUCUGAAAAACAACGGGACGGUAUGUUAACUGGCCUGAAAGAAAUGCCCACAGCUAUGCUGACAAGUCCAAUGGAAAUACAAACCACCACUGACAGGUCUCAAUUGUCAAUCAAUCCACAAGUGACUUGUACCAAUUUAUUCUCCUCCAUCAUCAGUAUACAAAUAAAGCUAACACAAGGAGUGUGUAAAUCAGCAGAAAGUCAUAGUGAGGCAAUACAAUACUUUGAUGAUACUGACAUGAAAUCGAAGAGUGAACAACAAUCAGCACUACUUUUACCGAAAUCUAUUGACAACACUACCACUACUACUACUACGACGACGACUACUGCGACUCCUACUAGUGCUAAUACGACUACCAAUCAGCUUCUUAGUGACAUGCAUUUCAAUCAAGCUGUUCGAGAGCAUAUCGAUUUAAUGACUAGAAUGUCUGACCAGGAAAGACAAGCAUUGGUUAGUGAGACUAAGAAAAGACUGUUGAAAGAUGCCAGCCUAUUGUCAGAUGAUGAUGAGAGAAUUAAGCUGACUGCAGUCGUGCAAGCUAUUCAAUGGAUAGCUGAUAUGACAGAUGAUCAACGCCAACAAAUCCUCGCAUGCAAUCAUACAGCAGAUACUAGAAGUGAUACACCACCACCAUUCAGUGAGAAGGUGGCAACAGAAAAUCAAGUAUUCUUACCGUCGUCGUCCUUGUCUGUAGACAUCGCGGAUAAACAUCAUUCGCAUAUGAAUACUCCACACGAGUUACAAUGGAGUACUGUUGAAGCUAAUUAUACACAAUCGAUAGAAACUACUAGUCAAGUUGAUUCUAGGCAUACAUACGAUCUGGUACAACGUGACACUACUCCUACUACUCCUACUACGAAUACUACUACUAACACUACGACGACUGCAAUGAAAGAUCAACAUUCAAGUAGAACUGUCGAGAGGAAGAAGGAAGUUAUCGAACAAACUGCCCAUCUACUACCUGAUACUACUACUACAGCUAAACAAAUGUAUAGUAGUGAUAUAUCAAAGAGAAGACUACCUCAACUGCCCGUAUCAUCAUCAGUAUCACCAUCAGAAGUAAACCAGAAGCAGUCGAGUAAAUAUCCAAUUCAAAAGUUAACAAAGACAAGAAAGAGUCCAUUAGACACACUACAAAACUCUGAUCUACACAAACCACCAAUCAAUAACAUGGAGGAGCAACAACCCCAACCCCAACAACGACCAAUACACUCAGAUUAUAGUCUCCGUAUAAAUAAAAUUGCUCAACAAAUGGCACACAAAAUUUAUCCAUCGAAUCAGGCUACUACUACUACUACUGCUACUACUAUUGCACAAUCAAGUCUAUGCUCACCACGAUCGAUAAUCCAGACUAUUGAACGCGUUCAACGAGCUGAGAAGGUGGCCAAUGCAUUAGAUGCCUUAAUCAUUGAAACUAUUGACUAUAUUACGAAGAAUUUACAUAAAAAGUAA